AUGGACCCCAGUACUCAUCAACGCGAUAUCACGGGGAACAGGUUUGGUGACGGUGCAUAUGUCCACCAAGGAGACGUGCACGGCAGUGUCCACUACCACGCGCCGGACGUACCGGCCACGGCCAAGGUUGCUAUCCGCGUGCUCCCAUUUCCCCGCAACGAAGACGUCGUCAUCCGCGAAGAUAUAUUCUCCGAGAUUGAGCGGCUUCUCCCGUUUGGUGGAAGAGGCCAGACCGCCGCCCUAUGCGGCCUUGGUGGAACGGGGAAAACCCAGAUCGCACUAGAGUAUGCAUACCGACGAUGCGCCAACGACACGUGCUCCAUCUUCUGGGUGCACGCCGAUAACGAGACGACUUUCGUUCAGGACUACAAAGGGAUUGCAGGGAGGUUGGGCGUGGCGGAUAACUUGGAUGGCGAAGCGCUAUUAACAGCCGUGCGGUACCGUAUCGAGACGGAAGCAGACUGGGUGCUCAUCCUCGACAACGCCGAUGACUUGGGACUAUUCGGCGUUGGUCAGCCGCCAGCCGUUCAGCCGUCGACCGAUCAGUCGUUCUACCUCGAUCGGUUUAUACCCAAGAGGCCAUCCGGAACGGUCUUGUGGACAAGCCGUGAUAAACAGAUUGAGGGUAGCCUUGUUGGACCGGGGAGGGCUAUCGACGUAGCUCGUAUGACGGAAGAUGAGGCGCAAACUUUGCUGGGGCGUGUCCGAAACAGUGCAGUUAAUGAAAAAGAGGCGAACGACAGUAGGACACUUUUAGCAAAGCUUGACUGGCUACCACUUGCCAUUUCUCAAGCCGCGGCCUACAUGCGACGAACGGAGACAUCGAUUCCAGCGUACUUGUCGAAACUCAAGAAACGGAAGGUUCUCCAGAGAUCAGAGGCUGAUCCACAUCGAAGGUCACAUGUAUCCAACAGCGUACUCCAGACGUGGAAAAUCUCUAUCGAGCACAUCCGACGUGAGAACAAAAUGGCAUAUAACAUUCUACACAUCCUAGCUUUCUUAGAUGGGCAGAACAUUCCUUGGGAGAUCGUCAAGAAAGCGGGACAAUUCGAAGGCGGGACUCAGCAUGACGACAGUAGGAGGAGCGGUAACUCAACUGACGAUGAUACAAGCGAAGGCGAUACGAGCGGAAGCGAUAGCGAGGGCGAUGAAGACGUCCUGCAUGCGGUAACACGUCUCUGUAAAGACAGUUGGGCGUACGCCAUACACAUGCUAGUACAGCAGGUGACCCAGGGCUCUAUGAGUCAAAAAGAGAGCCGCUCAGAAGGAACGCGCUUCGCAGCGGCGGCCUUGCAAAUUGUCACGGACAUUUUCCCGCAAAGCGAGUGGGCAAGUUUAAGUAGGAGGAAAGGAGAAGCUGCCCAACUACUGUCCAAAGUAUCACACUAUCUCUAUGACCGAGGGAGAUGGAGAGAAAAGGAGCUAGUUGAUGAGAAGGCACUUAAGCUAAGGCGGGAUGUCCUUGGCGAGAAGCAUCCCGAUACAAUCUGGAGCAUGGCUUCACUCGCAGCGACAUAUCACAGCCAGGGACGGUACGACGAGGCGGAGAAGAUCAAGGUCGAGGUACUAGAGCUACGGCGAGAUGUUCUUGGCGAGAAGCAUCCCGACACAAUUGAUAGCAUGGCUUCACUCGCAACGACAUAUCACAGCCAGGGAUGGUACGACGAGGCGGAGAAGAUUAAGGUCGAGGUACUGGAGCUGCAGCGAGAUGUUCUUGGCGAGAAGCAUCCCGAUACAAUCUGGAGCAUGGCUUCACUCGCAGCGACAUAUCACAACCAGGGACGGUACAACGAGGCGGAGAAGAUCAAGGUCGAAGUACUGGAGCUACAGCGAGAUGUCUCCUAA